AUCCAGGUCUAUGCCACUCUUGGAGGGAUGAUUAUCCGACAACCAUUCUCUGUCGGUGGCUCAGGGAGCUUUUAUAUUUAUGGAUACGUCGAUGCUACUUAUAAAGAAGGGAUGAGCAAGGACGAGUGCCUGACAUUUGUAAUCAACGCGAUUGCACUGGCCAUUGGGAGAGACGGUGCGAGUGGAGGGGUGGUGUACCUCACAACGAUCACAGAGAAAGGCACUGAGCACAAAAUCAUUCCUGGCAAUGAGCUGCCUCAAUUCCACGAUGAAUGAAACUAUGUAUCUGCCAUUCCUCAAUAAAGUUCUUCUGCACUCUAA